CCUUAAAUAGAGUUAGUAACCCCUAACCCCACACACAUUCAUUCAUUUCAUUUCACACAACACAAACGCUCCUUCAUCAACCAAAAUGGAUCGGAUCAAAGGUCCAUGGAGCCCCGAAGAAGACGAAUCCUUAACAAAACUCGUUGAUCGUUACGGUCCUCGUAACUGGUCACUCAUCAGCCGUGCUAUUCCUGGUCGGAGUGGUAAAUCUUGCAGGCUGAGAUGGUGUAAUCAGCUUUCUCCACAAGUUGAGCAUCGUGCUUUUUCUCCUGAAGAAGAUAACAUCAUUAUCAGAGCCCAUGCUCAGUUCGGUAACAAAUGGGCUACUAUUGCCCGUUUGUUAUCGGGCCGAACCGAUAACGCUAUCAAAAACCACUGGAACUCUACGCUGAAACGGAAGUGCUCGUCUUUCAUCGGUUCCGAUGAUCGCGAUUUCAAUCCUCAGCCGCUUAAACGCUCUGCUUCCGUCGGUGCUCCGGGGAGUCCUUCUGGUUCUGAUUUAAGUGAUUCUGGUGUUCAACAAACUGUUUUUCGUCCUGUUCCGAUUCGUUUGCCUGUGGAAACUACAUCGGAGCCGGAGCCAGUAACGGUACCGGAGGCGGUUGAGGAGGAUGACGGUCCUUUAACUUCGCUGUCGCUUUCUCUACCAGGUGUGGAUGCUGCUGCGGCGGUGCUGGUUAGUCCUGCUCCGAUAACCGCUGUAACUGCCGUAACGGUUUCAGAAGAAGCUGGAAUUGGAGCGUUAAAUUUGAGUGGUGAAUUUAUGGCGGUUAUGCAAGAGAUGAUAAAGAAUGAAGUGAGGAGUUAUAUGGAAGAGAGAAAUGGAAUGUGUUUUCAAGGAGUUGAUAGGCUUAGAAAUGUUUCUGCUAAGCCAAUUGGGAUUAACAGGGUUGAUGGGUGAUUAGAAUUUUAAUUAGGCUGUUUUAAGUUGUUAAUUAACGGAAAAUGAAGAAGAAGAAGUAAAAGAGAAAAUCUUUUUUUCCUUUUUUCUUUUUUGUUAAGGAAAUAAUUUUGGCAAUGUACAGGGAACAGAGUUUGUUGGGGGAAAUGGAAGUUUAUUUACUUAGCAAUGGCAAAUCUGUAAUUUCUCUCUUGUUUGGUUGGAAAAAAUCAUGAGGGAUUACAUGGAAAAAAUGAGAAUAUCCUAAAAAAAAAUUCUUAUUUAAGUUUAAUUCAUCUUCUAUUUUAAUCUGUACAAGUACAA